AUGUCUACUUCUACUGGAAAAAAAAUUUCACUUCCUACAAUCAACGAAGUUGAAGGAUAUAAGACAACGGAGGAUCUGAUAAAUUUUUUACGCAAGCAAGACUUAGGACUUGAUGAUAAGCAUUUCAAUAUUCUUCGUGAACAAGAAAUUAAAGGCCGGAGUUUUCUUAGGUUGAAUGUGGAUAAACUCAUGAGCUAUGCUACGACUGCAUCAAAUCAGGAGGUACAAAAAUUGAGAGAAAGGCUAGCAAUUCUACAAGCUUCUAAGGUUAAAGAAGAAGUUGCUAUAUACUUCCAGUACCUUGAAUUACAAACCAUAAAACUUAGUACCGAUAGUUGGGCAGAUUUUAUUCAGUUAUAUGCCGGUUUGAAAGAAGCUUUCGGUCUUAAAGGCUCAUUGAUAGAUUAUAAGUUUGUUAUUAGCAAUAAAAAUAUAGAUUUUAGCUGGUCGAAAAAGAACUUUGUCGAUUUCAUUGAAAAACACAAGUGUUCUGUUAAUAAUCCAGUCAGAAUUCUUGGUUUAAAGAAAGAUGAAUUGCCAGCACCAUCGACGCUUGGAAUUCCUAAGGAAUGGUUCAAGCGACAGAGAGGUGAUCCUAUUUGUCUUAAUCACCGUCCACCAGAGGCUUCUAAUACUAUACCUGUUAGCUUGUAUAAUUCUAUUUUUGGAAAAUUUAAAGAUUUCUGUGAGGAAGAUCCAGAAAAGAAAGACAAUGAAUUCACGUAUAAGAUUUGCUAUGAAAUGGCCAAAUUUUAUGGGAAAGAGGAAGAUCACCAAAAAGUGGCAAAUAAAAUGUUAAAAGUUUAUCUCGAUCACCCUAUGGAAUUACUUACGAUUCAUGGUGCUCAUACUGACGGCACUGUGUCCCAUUCUAAGUACCGUGAGGCUAAUUUCGAGUAUAAGUGUGAUGACUGUAACUCCGAUGCCUCUCCUUAUCUACAAAAUUGUAGCUAUUAUUUAGUUUUCUGCAAGGAACGAGAAAAUAGCCCCUCAUUUUGUGUGACUAAUUUUCCAUGCUUUUUAGUUACAAUUGCAGGGCCUUAUUUUUCAAUUUCCGGUGCCGUGCUUGCAGAUGUUGCUAUUGUUGACCCACUUACCCCGGUUUUUCCCCUUAUCUGGCAGAAACAUGACGAAAUGAUGUUAUCAAUUUCUAGAGCAUUUCGUGCUUUGAAGAAAUCUCUCCAAAUUCUUGAUCAAUACUAUGAUCAAGUCGAAAAAUUGGUUCAAAACAUACCUCAAACAGACCAUCCUGUGCAUCCAUCAUUUCCCGAUGUGACGAUUAGCGGUGAAAGUUAUAGCGUUAAGAUUAUUUCCCAAGUUGGCAAUUAUCUUCUUUGGGAAGUAACACUCUUUAAUGAACAAGGACCUAAAAAAGCCUGUGUAAAAGCUGUUCAAAAGCAUAAAUAUUCACUUGAUACACAUCAGCUCUUAUCAGAAGUUGGAUAUGCUCCAAAAGUCCUUGCUAGUUCAAUUAUUCCCGGAAAUUGGCUUUUGGUUUAUAUCGAAUACCUGGACAAUCAUUCAAUGUUAAAUCGCGUCGCCUUUAAUCUUAAUGAUCAAGAACGGAAUCAUUUAAGAGAGAAAAUCGAAAAAAUGGUAGAGUAUUUGCAUAAUUUGGGACAUGUGCAUGGAGACUUGCGUGAAGGAAAUAUUCUGGUUAGUCGACUUGAAGAUAACGAUUUUGACGUGAAAUUGAUCGAUUUUGAAUGGUCUGGGAAGGCUGGUUCUGCGUAUUAUUCUCACUUUAUGAAUCAUAAAAACAUUCAAUGGCCAGAUGGAGCGGAAGAUGGGAAACUAGUUACAACAAACCAUGACCUUUUUAUGUUGAAGCAAACUUUUCGGAAAACAAAUUUAUUAUAA